CGUGUAGCGGAAGUAGUGUUUGUGUUUCCGGGCCCCGGAAGAUGCUACGACCUCCGUCCCAUUGUUUGCAUUUUAGCUCGUGUUGAGGACGGCGGGGUAAAAGGCGCCAGUGUUUGGUGUCCUUCCAGAGAGAAACAUCCCAAACUGCUGCAUGAGGUUUUAAAACCUGAAACGGAGCUACAAAGAGCAGGUCGGGGAGAAGUUGAGGAGAGACACUUCAACAUGGACUCUGAGAGGAAACUGUCAGCUGGCCAGCGGAGAGCUUUACCUUCAGAUGUCCAGAAAGUGAUUGUUGGUGAAGAACAUCAGCAGGAGUGGAGCUCCAGGCUGGACCAGGAGGACACAAAGCCCCCCCACAUUAAAGAAGAACAGGAGGAACUCCGGAUCAGUCAGAAUGAAGAGCAGCUUCAAGGGCUGGAGGAGGCUGAUAUCACCAAGUUCACAUUCACUCCUGUCCCUGUGAAGAGCGAAGAUGAUGAAGAGAAACCUCAGUUUUCACAGCUUCAUCAAAUGCAAAUUGAACAGAUCAAAACAGAAGCUGAUGGAGAGGAUUGUGGAGGACCAGAACUGGUCAUGAAAUCCGAUCCAGAUACACAUUUACAACCAGAGACUGAUGACGAGACUGGAGAUUCUUCUGAAUCUGAGACUGAUGACAGUGCUGAUUUGAAGGAGACCAGAGAACCUCAGUCAGGUUUAAACUCUCUGAAUAAUGAUGCAUUCCCUGUUAGUGAUUCAGGAUGUACUACCGGUGAGAAAGCAGUUAGCUUCUCUGAGUAUGGGAAAAGAUUUGGCACCAAUGGAGAUGUGACGAGGCACAUGAGAUCUCAUACAGGAGAAAAAACAUUUAGCUGCUCAGUCUGUAAGAAAGCUUUUGGACGGAGUGGUCAUUUACAUAGACACAUGAGAAUCCACACAGGAGAGAAACCAUUUAGCUGCUCAGUCUGUAAGAAAGCUUUUACAGUGAGUGGAAGUUUAAAGAGACACAUGACAAUUCACACAGGAGAGAAACCAUUUAGCUGCUCAGUCUGUAAGAAACCUUAUACGGAGCGUGCAGCUUUAAAGAUACACAUGAGAAUCCACACAGGAGAGAGACCAUUUAUCUGCUCAGUCUGCAAGGACGAUUUUAGAGAUAAGAAAGGUUUAAAGAUGCACAUGAGAAUCCACACAGGAGAGAGACCAUUUAGCUGCUCAGUCUGUAAGAAAGAUUUUAUAGAGAGUGGAACCUUAAAGAGACACAUGAGGACCCAACACGAGAGUGUUACAAGCUCCCCCCUUGUUUUGCUUCUCCCUGUCUGCUCUACUCAGGUGAUCCUGAUUUAAUCGUUAGUGGUUGGCUUAAGGAAGGCUGGAGGACUCUUUCAGACUGAAGCAGCUGUGCACCAGUUUGUUUGUUUAUUUAUUUGGGGAUUGAGGUCUGAGGGGUAUGGCACAAGACCAAGAUGAAAUUUGGAACUAAAUUCAUGAUAUUUGGAUAUUGUACUAUAAAUACAGAUGUAUAAAUAGUAAUUGAUAAUGAAAUAAUUGAAAGAGUCUAUGAAAAUAAAUGUCUGGGUGACCACAAACUGUGCUAGAAGCCCCGUAUUAAAUAUCUGUGCAUGAAGUUGGCCAGGAGCAUUGGUAUAUUGAACAAAACUAGAUACAUAUUGAACCAGAAUACACUACAUACUCUGUACUACAUGCAGCUACGCUGUAGCUAAAUUGGAAAGAGAGGACUGUGAGUUUGCAGUGAACAUGCCGUUUUUUUAGGUCGGGUAGAGUUGACGCUCGUAUGUACCGUAAGUAGAAAGACGUGAGUUUGGCCACUUCUUCGUGACCUUCUUCUGAAUGUAUUGACUGGAACCCUCUGAAGCGUAUACUGCCCCCAUCAGAUCCGGAAGUGGCGCAGCGCCGAUGCUGCUAACACUGGCAUCAUCGCCAACGGUGCCAACGGUACAUAAAAAAAUGGGCAUUGUCGGUGUUUUAUAAUUU